CUUUUCUUCCUCGCUGCAAUGCAAAGACUCUCUACACAAAUCGAUCAUAAAACUAUUAUUCGAUCUCUUUCUAUAUAGCCUAAUCCUUAUUCUUUAUCAAAAUUAAUCAAGAAAUAAAUUAAAAAAAAUUCCAAUUCUCUCUUUUUUUUUUUAAUUUUUUCUAUUAUCUUUGCUUUAUUCAGUUGCCUGUUCGAACUAAUAAGAAGCAGAAGUUAAUAUCAGCUCCCAUCAAACAACAGCUGAGGUUAACCCAUUUUUAGCUCUUAAAUUGGAUCGCUUAUAGAUUGUGGAUUUAAGGAGGUCGGUCUGCUCUGGAAUUUGGACCGGAGGUGCAUGGUGGGACUUUAAUUGAACAAGUUGGAGGUAGUUUGCGUAGUUUUGAUCCUAUGGGUAGGUUGUGCUGUUUUGUUACUUCCUACUCUCAGCUUGUAGGAGGACGUUCAUCAUCAAGCUCUGGCAAGGGAAAAAACCAUGAGGGUUUAAUCAAGUACGGUUUCAGCCUAAUAAAAGGGAAAGCUAAUCAUCCCAUGGAGGAUUAUCACGUUGCUAAGUUUGUGCAGAUUCAAGGACAUGAAUUAGGACUUUUUGCUAUUUAUGAUGGCCAUUUGGGAGAUGGUGUGCCUGCAUAUCUACAGAAGCAUUUGUUUUCCAAUAUCCUAAAGGAGGAAGAGUUCUGGAUUGACCCCAACAGAUCUAUCUCAAAAGCCUAUGAGAGGACUGACCAGGCAAUUCUCUCUCAUGGUUCUGACUUGGGGCGAGGUGGCUCUACAGCUGUGACUGCAAUUUUGCUAAAUGGUCAAAAAUUAUGGGUAGCUAAUGUUGGGGAUUCAAGAGCUGUCCUUUCAAGAGGGGGUCAGGCAAUUCAGAUGAGUACAGACCAUGAACCUAACACUGAAAGAGGCAGCAUAGAGCACAGGGGUGGCUUUGUCUCAAACAUGCCAGGAGAUGUCCCUAGAGUUAAUGGGCAGCUGGCAGUUUCUCGUGCUUUUGGAGACAAGAGCCUUAAAUCACAUCUGCGAUCUGACCCUGACAUGCAAGAAACUAUCAUAGAUAACAAUAUAGAUACCUUAAUCCUUGCAAGUGACGGCCUUUGGAAGGUGCUUACAAAUCAAGAGGCUGUUGAUAUUGCAAGAAAGAUUAAAGACCCACUGAAAGCAGCAAAGCAGUUAACAGCUGAGGCAUUGAAAAGAGACAGUAAAGAUGAUAUAUCUUGUGUUGUUGUUAGGUUUAGGGGGUAAAGCUUAUUGAACGCUAUCUUUCUCGUGGUGCUGCGUGUAUACCUACUAUGAGAGUUCCUUUACACAGGUUGCCAGUUUGUGGAUUAGACAAACGACAAUUACAUACUUGGUUGGGGUCAUUGAGAGUUCUACGGUGGUUUGUAAUUGCCAAAGAGAGGGAAGGACAAAAGAGUUCCCCAGCCUUUGUAAAUUUAUUUUAUUGAUUAGGUUCUGGUGUUUGAAAUUGUUUGAUUUCAUUAUGAAAUUGAAUCAGAAAUCUAACAAAAAUCGUCUUAUAAUCUCCACAGAA